AUGUAUUCCACCAAGGAGACAAAGAGCGCGGCAAAGACGCAAAAAAAGGCGCAGAAGGUGAACAAGAAGCAGCAAUUAAAGCAGCAGCAGCAGACAUCCAUUAUAGUGCCGAAUAAUAAUAGCAAAAGUAGCACAUUGCCUACUAACACGGCGCAAAAAUUCCGGGAGCACUACGAGGCGGAAAAGCGGAACCAGGGUGUUAAAAUGGGCGCCACCACUUUGCCCGGCUACGAAAAUGUGCCCAAAAUGGAGCGAUCCAAUAGCUUUUCGUUGCGCAACAAGCUCUCCAAACUCAUAAAUCAUUUGACGGGCAGCAAGGAGAAUCUAUCGAGGACCGAUGACGAUGAAGAUUCCAGCCGGACACCUUACAUAUUCACCCGUAGUCGUUCGAUGAUACAGAUGAGGCGACCAAAUCGUCGGAGUUUCAUCGAACCGCAAUUGGAGCAACUAUCGGAGGAAACGGAGAAAUCGGGGGAUCUCACCUCGCCGGCUUCACCGCGAAAGACUUCGGUGGCCGAUUUCCAGGUCAGCUCACCGGUGCUCCUGAGAAGGAGUGAACUUACGGGAUCGGUGAGGACCCCGGCACGUCGCCAAUCCGCCCAGCCCUUCACCUCGACCCCUUUGGAGGAGGUGCAGUCGCAGGUUCAACGCAAGGGCUCGCUGAUGUCGCUCAAUCAGACGGAACCCACUACCAAUCCCCAGCUCAAUUUCCAGAAAAGACGAUCCAACACGCUUAUAGCUUCCUUUAAGAGCACCUUUUCGGGACUUACCAGCGGUGGUGGUGGGGCCGAGAAGAAGGAGAAGAUGAAUCCCAAGUGGAGCGCCUCCCUGCAAUCCCUGCAGGCCAUCGACAAUAUGGUCAGCUAUGCCAACAUGUCCUUCAUCGACUACGACAAGUUCAAUGGCUAUGAGAAGCAGCUGGAGCGUCAGCAGUCGCUGAUGAGUUUGGCAGAGCAACCGGUUCCCACCGCCACCCAGCUGCCACUGCCUCCGUCGGCAUUGACCCACUCGCAUUCGCCCUCGCCGCUGGGUGAACCGCCUCGCACACCCGUCCACCUGAACUCCUCCUUGGACGAGUCGGUCAGGACGGUGGUGAUGCGCCCCAAGAGGAGCAAGGCCUCCCUGGAGGGCAGAAGCAAGACCUCCCUGGAAGGCAGGAGCAGCAUGGUCAGCCUGAACAGUGCCUACAAUCUGGACACCGACUACGAGCACAAUCUGGACCGAGUGCACAAUGUCUAUCGGGAGAGCUUGGACUCACGGACACUGGAGCUGCUGAACCUGCGAUCACGGAACUCGUUCAUCCAGGACCAGGCGGUCCUGUUCGACGCUUUGAAUCUGGAGGAUGGAUCGGUGGCGCGACGGUGCGCAUUGUGUUCGAAACGCGUUGGCCGGAGUGGAAGCAUGCGGCAGCAGGAGCGGGAUGCCGUCGACGGGCGAGGGAAUCCAAUAAAACAGAUCGCCAAUUUUGGUCUUUGUUUGUAA